AUGAGAAAACGAGAUGGCGAGGGCCUCUUGCUAAAGCUUGAUUUUGCUAAAGCGUAUGACAACAUUGAUUGGAAAUUCCUACUAAAUAUGCUAACAGAGAUGGGAUUUGGACAGAGAUGGAUUAAAUGGAUUCAGGGCUGCGUGUCUACCGCAACCUUAGCUGUUUUGGUAAAUGGAUCACCUACGGAUUUUUUUGCAAUAGAAAAGGGCUUAAGACAAGGCGACCCGCUUUCCCCUCUUCUAUUUAAUUUAUGCGUGAACGCCCUCUCUUGUAUGCUGAAUCUGCUACUUGCUGAAGAGAAUCCUUGUGGCUUCUCCAUUGUCAAUGGUCUCGCUAUCAACCACCUUCAGUUUGCUAACGAUACCUUAGUCUUUUGUGAAGAUGAUGCUAGUCAAUUGGGAAGAAUUAGUGAUGCUCUGGAAGCUUUUCUCUGGGCGUCGGGCUUGAAAGUUAACUUUUGA